AUAUUAAGUGCGCGUGCGCGGGCUUGGUCAGGUUUGCUGUCUGACAGUCGAGGCCGGAGCUCCCAAUAUUCCUGACAGUUGGCCAAGCUGGCUGAGCUGGACGCUUGGAGGACCAAAGUUUAGGACUCAUUGGUGUAAAAGGAGCAGGGCUAAGUUCUCGAAGGACUGAAGAAGAUACUUGCUUUUAUGUCAUCCUACAAACACAAUCUCGACAGCUAUGGGUGAAUAUAGCCGCUUUAUAGACUGGGAUAAGAUGGAUGCUACAAUCCAGGACAAGGAUGCAAAGGAACUGACUAGCACAGAAUUUCAAGAUCUGAAACAACUGGCUCGCCAGGGAUACUGGGCCAAGAACCACUCCUUAAGAGCAAAAGUAUACCAUAAACUGAUUAAUGAUAUCCCUUGCCGCACAGUGACUCCAGAUGCACACGUCUACCGGGACAUUGUGUUGAAAAUUGCUGGCAAACGUAACAGUAGCAACCUUCCACUUCCAGAAUUUGUAGACAACAGCCUAGUUCCCACUUACUGCCUGAAUGCAGAGGGCAUUGGAGCCGUCAGGAAGAUAAUCUCUUGCAUUGCAAGCCAGUUCCCAGACAUAUCAUUUUGCCCAGCUCUGCCUUCUGUUGUGGCGCUUCUCCUUCAUUACAGCAGAGAUGAAGCAGAGUGUUUUGAGAAGGUUUGUCGUAUCCUUGCUUGCAAUGACCCUUCCAAGCACUUCAUUGAUCAGACAUUCUUGGCUUUUGAGUCCUCUUGCAUGACCUUCGGUGAUCUGGUUAACAAGUACUGUCAGGCCGCCCACAAGCUGAUGGUGGCAGUCUCGGAAGAUGUUCUGGAAGUAUAUUCGGACUGGCAACGUUGGCUUUUUGGAGAACUACCUCUGAUCUAUAUUGCACGUGUCUUUGAUGUAUUCUUAGUUGAAGGCUACAAGGUACUUUACCGUGUGGCACUGGCUCUCCUCAAAUUCUUUCACAAAGUCAGAGUUGGGCAGACUUUGGAAUCAGACAAUAUACAGCAGGACAUCCGGACUUUUGUUAGGGACAUUGCAAAGUCGGUGUCUCCUGAGAAGUUGCUGGAGAAAGCGUUUGCAAUUCGACUCUUCUCCCGGAAGGAGAUCCAGCUUUUGCAGAUGGCCAAUGAGAAGGCUCUUCAACAGAAAGGCAUAACAGUGAAGCAGAAAAGCAUUGCCUCCCCCAAAAGGCAAAAUGUCCACUUGGCUGUUCAUGCAGAAAACUUCAAGUCUGAAAUUGUUGAUGUAAAGAAAAUGAGAGAUAUCUGGUCAUGGAUUCCCGAACGCUUUGCACUUUGCCAGCCUCUGCUGCUCUUCACCACCUCUGAGCAUGGUUGCAGCCUAAGCAGGUUUUAUUCACAUUGUGAGGGACAAGAGCCAACCCUCCUUCUGAUUAAGACAACCAAGCAAGAGGUGUGUGGUGCAUAUUUGUCAACGGAUUGGAAUGAACGUAAGCGAGGAGGAGGCAAGCUGAGUUACUUUGGUACAGGAGAAUGUUUUGUUUUCAGGCUGGUACCUGAAGUAGAACGCUAUGAAUGGGUGAUAAUCAAGCAUCCAGAGCUAGCUGUGACUGGAUUAGAACAAGCAGACAGUUCUUCUCAGCUUUCUGACCCUCCAUCUUCAACCAACCUCCCUUCAAAUCCUUCAGACCGUCUAUCGCCCUUCCUUUCUGCCCGACAUUUCAAUUUACCUUCGAAAGCAGCAUCCAUGUUUAUGGCUGGUGAUAUUGAAUGCAUCAUCAUAGGAGGAGGUGAUGGACAAGCUCUCUACAUUGAUGCAGACCUGAACCAUGGAAGAACGGGCCACUGCAACACUUUUAACAACCAACCGUUGUGCUCUGAAAGUUUCCAGAUAGCUAUCAUGGAAGUUUGGGGUUUCAAGGACACUAUGAGCAGCUGAGGAGGCUGCCUUCUUCAAAAUCAUCUAGUCCAUGGAUUAUGGUGUGAUUCUGAGCCCCAGUCAACUGCAGGAGCCAGCCGGACUUUUGGACCACAUUUAUGGGCUCCUUUUGCAAUUUAGAAAGUUAACUUUCAGGGCCUAGUAAGUUUGCCAUGGUAUUUUUCAUGUGCAACUAUCGUUGGGCUAAGUGAUUGAAUCAUACCUCUGUAGUCCUUCAUGCAUAUCCUGAUAUUUUUGAUAGCCAGAAGUGGUCUCACUUCUGCAGUCGUGUUCAUACAUAACUAUCAGAACUAGCACAGCCAUUGGGAGGCCAGAUGCAUUUCUGGUCUUGAUAGAAAUGUGUUUUGGCAACUGGCUUUAGAUAUUCAGCAGUAUCAGUUUUCUGAAUGAAGCACAAGGUUCAGAAUCCUGCAGACAUGAACUUGGAUUCAAAGUGACUUGUGUACAAUGAGAACAGAUUAUAUUGCUCAUUUCUCUCCCUUCCUAGCUACACUAGCACUGUUUAUAUAUUACACCAUUCUAGAGGUUAUCCAGAAUCCAGAAAGGCUGUGGUAAGAAGUGGAGUGGGAAAGUCUUAUUGCACAUGUGCAAAAUGCUGUACAUGAAUCUUUUGAUCCAGGUCAUUUCUAGGAUCUGUUCCCUUACAGAAAUCUUUUUAAAACACUGCGUGUUUGUGUUUGUAUGUGUGUGUUUGUGUUUGUAUGUGUGUGUUGUUUGUGUGCAUAUGUGUGUGAUGCAGCUGGCUCUUGCCCUAAUGACCAGUCUUCAUUUGAUGUUCUAUUGUAUGUGUGAAGAUGAAGCUUACUGGUUUUGGAGUGCUACUUGUUGAUCUGUAGUUGUUGAUCUCUGUUGAAGGCAUUCAGCGCAACACACUGCCUUCUGUUUUUGUGUUUACAUUCCUAAUAGUGCAUAUCAGUAAUAUCAUGUUAGGGUUGUGGAGUAGAUUCAGGCAGCUAAAGCACCAUACAGUAUAUGCAGCACACAGAACAACUUUCCCUUGGAACCUAAGCCGGUGGUACUCAUUUAUACAAAAAGGAAAUUGACAAUAGCUUGAGGAAUUGCAUUGGUCCAUGAGGAAACUCACGAGGAAAGGAUAGUCAAAGAUUUGAACUCGUGACUCAGAGAAGAUUAUUUUUAUGGGAUUAAAUGGGGGUUUUAGGGGCAUUUUGGGGGGCUUUGCAUCAGAGGAAAGUCAAGAUGGUCCCAUUCUUCCCGAUUUGCCAGGGCUCCAUUGGAUAUGAACAUUUUCCAAGCCCACAUUGUUUUGUUUUUUUUAGAUUGU